AUGGUGAAUUAUGAUUGGAAUUACAUAACUCAGAUUGAAAUUGGGAAUGAAGGAAAGAUUCGUAUACAAGUUUUUCAAAAAAAAAUUGAAGCUGAGGAACAUAUGGAAAGAAUUGAUCAUGUUCAGCAAAAGGAUAAGAUUGUUGUUGAACAAGAAGAGCAUGUUGAAGAACAAGUUGUUGAGGAAGAAACUGAAGACGAAAAUGAGAAUGAAAAGAAAAAAAGACUUGAAAAUAAAAGAAAACAACCAAGAGAAGAGAAGGUUGCUAAAAGUGAAGGAAAAAGGAAACGUACAAAGUUUAGACCAAAGAUAUUAGAUGAUGACAGGAAAAUUGUAUAUGAGAGGCCCAAGAAAGAACGGAAACAAACAACAAAGGCAAAGGAAGUGAACAAAGCAUCUUCUAGAAAGAAGCAAAAGAAAGAAACAACUUCAGUGAUGGACAAUGCUCCAAGCUUCAACUUAAACAUCUCUCAACUGAACUCCCAAACUCAAUCUCAACCUUCUCAAUAUGAAUCUCAACCUUCUCAAACUUAA